AUGACUCCUUCGGCAUUUUCAGGAGAAGUUGAUCCUGCAGCUGCCGAGAAUUGGAUGCAGGAGAUCGAGAAAGUCUUGGUCGUAUUACAAUGUACAGAGGAACAAAAGGUCCUCUUUGCCAUAGAGGAGGCUGAGAGGUCGUUAAAUGGAGUUGGAGGAGGAGUGGGGUUAAUCCUUAUAGCGCCAGACAGCUCAGGAAUUUUGUACGCGCUUUUGUUGGAGUUUGCAACAACUAACAAUGAUGCUGAAUAUGAAGCCUUGCUGGUGAAGGGAGAAUUUGUGGCUAGGUAUCAGAAGAUGAAGAAAUACUUGGCAAAGGCACAAGAGUACAUCAAAACAUUCACUCAGUUUGAUACAGAGUACACACCUCGAGCAGAGAACGCAAAGGUUGAUACGCUAGCAAGAUUGACCUCAGCCUCAAAGCCAGAUUGA